AUGCUUUAAACUUCCUCUCAAAUAAAAGGUGCAUUCUUACUUUUCCAGUCAGAAUGAAUUCGAACGCGCUGCGCUCAACCAAAUGAUAGGAAACAGUUGUAAUCCAAUUCCUUUGCUCCAAAAUUGAUUUUCUGCUUCACAAAACACCUAUACAAAUGAUGGAUCUAUUAUGAAAUAAUAUAUUUUCAUAUCAACUCAAGCUAUAUUUGAAAGGGAAAAUUUCGGAAAAAAACUGGGAAGACUUGAAGAAUGUGAAGUAAAAACAUUUAAAGUAAAUAACCGCGAAAAUAUCAAAAAAAUUAUCUGUAAUUAAAUUUAAAAGUUUUACAAAAAUUAAAAAUGCGCGAAAUUAUUACAAUCCAAAUUGGUGGCAGCGGUAAUUCCAUUGGCGAUGCGUUCUGGCAUGUGAUCUCACAUGAGCACGGUGUUGACUACUCCUCUGGGCGUUUCCAAGGUACCAGUGCUUUACAACUGGAGCGGAUUAAUGUGUUCUUUAAUGCCACGGCAAGUAAACGCUUCUAUGCGCGCACGAUAUGUGUAGAUACUGAGGCAACAACCAUUGAAAAUCUUCACAAGCGCUCUUCGCUUUACAGACCAGAGAACUUUGUGGCGGGCUCUGACAGCGCUGGAAAUAAUUUCGCUCGUGGCUAUCACACUGACGGUGCAGAAAUUCUUGAUGCAGUGUUAAAUGCCACUCGACGUGAAGCUGAGUCGGUGGACUCAUUACAGGGCUUUCAGAUCCUACACUCCAUUGGUGGUGGUACUGGUUCGGGCUUAACCGCUCUUGUCAUGAAUGCAUUGGUGGAUGAAUAUCCAGAUAAUCUUAUCGCGAACUAUGUAUCAAUACCAUCCCCACAAAUGUCUCAAGUUGUUGUCGAGCCUUAUAAUGCUUUGCUGAGUAUGCCUUCCCUCAUACACAAUUCUCAUUUAACGUUUUGUCUCGACAAUGAGGCAUUAUUCCAAAUUGUUUCUCGCAAUCUGAAAAUGGCGGUCAGCGGCUAUGAGCAUAUCAAUCAUAUUGUGGCUUUAACUAUGUCCGGCAUUACAACGUGCUUGCGUUUUCCUGGUCAACUUAAUGCUGGACUGCGUAAGCUCUACGUGAACAUGGUGCCAUUUCCGCAAUUGCACUUUCUCAUUCCUGGAUUUGCGCCACUAGUUAGCUGCAAGCAAAAGGAAUUUGCCCAAGGCACUGUUAGCGAAUUAGUACAACAAAUCUUCUCAUCCAAUAAUUUAUUAUGUGCUGUCGAUUUGCGCCAUGGCAAACUUCUGACCGCAGCCGGUAUAUUUCGGGGUCGCAUGUCUCCACGUGAGGUCGAUCAAUUAAUGACGAAUGUGCGCAAUAAAAACCUGAGCAGUUUCGUCGAAUGGAUACCUAAUAAUAUUAAGACCGCCAUUUGCGACAUACCACCGCGUGGACUUAAAAUGUCAGCAACAUUUAUUGGCAACACCUCGGCAAUCCAUAAGCUCUUGCAACGCAUUUUAGAUGGCAGCGGUAUUAUGUUGAGGCGCAAAGCACAUUUGCAUUGGUACACGGGUGAAGGAAUGGAGGAACAAGAGUUCAUAGAUGCCCAACGGGACCUACAAGAUGUGCUUGAUUUGUAUAAGCAGAGUGGCGAAGAUGUCGGGGAAGGUGAUGCUGAAAAAGAAGGCCAUUCAUGCGCGCCAUGUAAUGACAUAAAAAAUAUUUAG